UAUCAUUGUCAAUUAACGAGGAACGGAUCAAGAUAUUUAUAUAAGAAUGUUCAAACAUUUUGCGUAUAAAUUUAUUGUUGGAAUACUAGUUAUAAGAAUGGUGUUGGGAUGAUUUUACAUACGAGGGAUGGUCCAGAAUUUCCCGGAAUUAAGCUGAGCCAUAAAUUCAAAAAAUAUACGUUUAUUAGGAAAUCCCCUUAAUGGAGCCGUGCAAAGAUGACAUACUUUAAGAAACCAGCUGUGCAUAGGCUGUAUAUUACACGAGUAUGUUGUAUGUUGUAUAUAUCAGUGAUGCAGUUAUCUGUUGUUGAGGCUGUUGCUCCGAACUCGCCAAAUAAGAUUAUUCCUGAGCCAUGCCCAGCUUACAAAUACCAGGUUAAAGAAGACAAUGGUGACAGUAAAUGCAGAAGAUGUUCAAGAUGUCCCAAAGGAUUUCAAGUUAAAACAGAGUGUAACAUGUUUAAUGAUACUGUGUGUGGGCAAUGUUCUUCCGGAUGGUAUAAUGACGUAGGCGGAAGUAGAUGUAAACCAUGUUCCGAUUGUAAACCCGGGGAAUAUAUAAGGCGAAAAUGUUCAGUGAAACGGAACUCAUUAUGUCGCCCAUGUCCAAGGAACAUGUUCUCGGUCAGUUCUAAUUCUGCUUUGUGUAUACCUUGCAAAACAUGCAGGAGAAAUGAAGAAAGACUGCUAAAGUGUAAUAGCGCUGCAGAUACCGUUUGUGGGGAUUGCGAAAAAGACUAUUUCCGUGUUUCAUCAACCGGAAGUUGUCUCUUGUGUUCGCAUUGUCCCCUCGAGUUACAGAGAUUUGUAGUUCCGGAAUGCCGGGAUAAACGAGGCUUCGAUAAUCCCGACAUAUGUUGGCCCGGGAGUACAACGAUGCGUUUUUCAAAUGCUUAUGGAAUAGAAGAUGUUUCAAGUGACGAGAUUGUACAUGUAAACGAAGAAAUUCCGAAGAAGUCUAUUUCCUUAACUAUGAUUAUGAGUGUAUCUGGAACCGUUCUUGGUGCACUAGUGAUUAUUUUAAUUGGUUUUGUAUGUUUAAGACAACAUUUUCCGUCUAGAUACUCAUCCUUAGAUACGACUGGAAUGUAUGAACUUUCCUCAAUUCCGUUGUCACAAGUGAUAGACAAUGCCGACCAAAGAUUACCUAACAGUUUUAAUUUAGUACCAGGCAGUCAAAAUAGCAGUCCAGAUUAUACAUAUUUUACUUCGAUCGAUAGCAAGUAUGGUGAAAGUUUUGAAGAAAUUGAACCCUUUAAAAAGUUAAAGUACUCCGUUGACCACUUUAAGAAAUAUUUACAAAAUUUACAUGAUACCACACCACGGCGGUCGCUGUCAGUGCCAGCUGUUUUUAAUUCUAAAACACUAGCAAACUACUGUUAUUCUGAACGACACGGUUUUGAAUCACCCGGCUAUGUUACAAACGAUAUUUUCCUCAGUGAAUGCAAAAAACAUGAAACAUUAUGACGAUAUAAACAUAAACCCGGAUAUACAAUAAUGCAAACAUAUACAUACGCCGGUACACGGCAUGUAUACAUGUUUUUUAUAUGUUAAAAGAUGUUUGCAUGAUUUCUGCAAUUAUUUAGUGCUGUAUUUUGUAUCUUAUAAUAUUUUUUCCUGUUAUUGACAUUGACAUGUUUUAGUUUACAUACACAUCUAAUGAGAUUUUAACUAUCAUUUGUUCAAUAAAAUCCCUAGAAUUUA